GGCGCAGCCCGGGUUCCCGGUAUCCGCGAGGCGCGAGCCACCCCAUGGGCCCCGCUCAGGCGUGCGGCUUGAGUUGGCUCGGAAGGGGUACCACCAAGUUAGGCGCAGCCAUUUUCCGGUUGCAACGCCUCGGUUUAUCUCUUCGCCAAUUUUCUGCUGGCGGCUGCCCAACACCAGCGAGGGAUGGGGGCGAGAGCCAGCUCGGUCCCAGCCCCUGAGUUCUGUGCGGAAAGCCUCUCGAUCGCCGCCUGAGGGCUAGCUGUGGGCCGCAGGGCGGCGGCUACGAACGGGGGAACCCCGGGCUAGGAGAUGCGCUAGUGGGGCCCAUUGGUGUCAGGAGAUCGCGCGGCAAGAGAGUUCAUUACAGAGGUCUGAGUCACCCAGCUGUACUACUUACUGAUCCGGGAAUGAACGCUCGGGUUCUGACCAUGUGCUGUACUAGAGGGAGGAGCCAAGGAUCUAGGUCCCGCCCUCUAAGCACAGGGUCCAGGGCGGGGUGGGAGUGGAGGAGUCCUUUUAGAAGACCUGAGUGACUCAAGAAGGAGGGGCGAGGGGGCUCAAAGAUCUCUCUGUGAGACAGCGAUGACCUGUCUCUGAGGAUCUUCUUUGCAGCCACUCCACUUCCUCUUCCAAUCGGGACACCCAGGUUUAGAGGCCCUUCCCAGGUGAGUUCCUGCUCCUUGGGUGAGAUCCUAGGUCAGAGCUGCCUACAGAUAGAACUUGCCUGACAGUUGAAAGCUUUCUCAGCAGGGAAGAGCUUUCCUCCAGGUAAGAUGUCCUGUCUAAGAUCUAUUCCCAGGUGAGAGCUUUCUCCCAUUCCAGGUGGGAGCCUCCCCCAGGUCAGAGGUUCCCUUAGGUGAGAGUACCCUCUGAAUCAGAACUUUACUGGCAGGUGAAAACUUUCCCAGCUGGUGAAAGCUUCCCGCCAGGUAAAAGCUCCCCACUAAGAGCUCCUCUUCCCAGGUGAGAUCUACUUCCAGAACAGCUUUCCCCCAGGUGAGAGCUUUCCCCAAAUAAGAACUCCCUCCCCCACAGACCUCCUACUCCCAAGGGAGAUCAUCCCCCCUCUUCAGGUGGGAGCCUCUGGGCAGAUCAGAGAUUCUCCCUAGGACAGAAUUUACCUGGUUGGUGAAAACUUUCCUGUCAGAUUAAGAGCUUCCCCUGAGGUGAGAUUGCCACGAGAUCGCCUAUUCUCAGGUGAGAUCUUCUCCCUCUUCAGGUGGGAGCUGCUCUUUCCAGGUGGGAGCCUCCCCCUCCAGACCGAGGGACACACAGGUACUGCUGGCCAUGACAGAGACAAUGGAGCUGAGGAGGCGAGACUACCACGUGGAGCGGCCACUGCUGAACCAGAAACAGCUGGAGGAGCUGGGGCGCUGGGGCUCAGCAACUGGGACCCGUCGGUUGCGAACCUGGUUGCAGUGUUCCCAUGCUCGGGCCCGAGCCCUUCUGCUCCAACACCUCCCGGUUUUGGCCUGGCUACCCCGGUACCCCGUGCGUGAAUGGCUCCUGGGUGACUUGUUGUCUGGCCUGAGUGUGGCCAUUAUGCAGCUACCACAGGGUCUGGCCUAUGCCCUCCUGGCUGGAUUGCCCCCCGUGUUUGGCCUCUACAGCUCCUUCUACCCUGUUUUUAUCUACUUCCUGUUUGGUACUUCCCGACACAUCUCCGUGGGAACUUUUGCUGUCAUGUCCGUGAUGGUGGGCAGUGUGACGGAAUCCCUGGCCCCAGAUGAGGACUUUCUGCAGUUCCCAAACUCCACAGUCGAUGAGGCGGCCAGAGAUGCUGCCCGGGUACAGUUGGCCUCCACACUCAGUGUCCUGGUUGGCCUCUUCCAGGUGGGGCUGGGCCUGGUCCACUUCGGCUUUGUGGUCACCUAUCUGUCAGAGCCUCUGGUCCGCGGCUAUACCACAGCUGCGGCUGUGCAGGUCUUCGUCUCACAGCUCAAGUAUGUGUUUGGUCUUCAUCUGAGAAGCUCCUCUGGGCCACUGUCCCUCAUCUAUACAGUGAUAGAGGUCUGCCGGAAGCUGCCUCAGAGUGUGGUUGGCACCGUGGUCACUGCAGUUGUGGCAGGGACGGUGCUUGUGCUGGUGAAGCUGUUGAACGACAAGCUGCAGCGACAUCUGCCCCUGCCGCUUCCCGGGGAGCUGCUCAUGCUUAUUGGGGCCACAGGCAUCUCGUACGGCGUGGGCCUAAAGCACAGAUUCGGGGUGGAUGUCGUGGGACACAUCCCUGCAGGGCUGGCACCCCCAGUGGCCCCCAGCCCCCAGCUGUUCACAAAGCUUGUGGGAAAUGCCUUCACCAUUGCCGUGGUUGGCUUUGCCAUUGCCAUCUCGCUGGGGAAGAUCUUCGCUCUGAGGCAUGGCUACCGGGUGGACAGCAAUCAGGAGCUGGUGGCCCUCGGUCUUAGUAACCUCAUCGGGGGCUUCUUCCAGUGCUUCCCUGUGAGCUGCUCCAUGUCUCGGAGCCUGGUACAGGAGAGCACCGGGGGAAACACACAGGUGGCCGGAGCCAUCUCCUCCCUCUUCAUCCUCAUUAUCAUCGUCAAACUUGGGGAACUCUUCCAAGACCUGCCCAAGGCAGUCCUGGCAGCCACCAUCAUCGUGAACCUGAAGGGCAUGCUGAGGCAGUUCGCCGACGUGUGCUCCCUCUGGAAGGCAAAUCGUGUGGAUCUGCUCAUCUGGCUAGUGACCUUUGUGGCCACCAUCCUCCUGAACCUGGACCUGGGCCUGGCAGUGGCAGUGGUCUUCUCCCUGCUGCUACUGGUGGUCCGUAUGCAGCUGCCCCACUAUUCUGUCCUGGGGCAGGUGCCAGACACAGAUAUUUACAGAGACGUGGCAGAGUACUUAGAGGCCAAGGAGGUCCCAGGAGUGAAGGUCUUCCGCUCCUCAGCCACCAUGUGCUUCGCCAAUGCCGAGCUCUACAGCGACGCGCUGAAGCAGCGGUGUGGUGUGGAUGUUGACUACCUCAUCUCCCGGAAAAAGAAGCUGCUCAGGAAGCAGGAGCUAAAGCUGAAACGACUGCAGAAGGAGAAGCUCCAAAAACAGACUGCUGCCUCCACGUGCACUUCCGUUUCCAUCAAUGUCAACACCAGUGACGGAGACAUUGAGAGCAACAAUGUGGAGGGUUCCAAGGCCAAGCAGGCGAGCACAGAGAGUAAGCUAGAGGAUGCAGCAGCCAAUGGUCAAGAAGAUGCCAAGGCCCCAGACGCGUCCACACUGAAGGCCCUGGGCCUGCCUCAGCCCGACUUCCACAGCCUCAUCCUGGACAUGGGUGCCCUCUCCUUCAUGGACACUGUGUGCCUCAAGAGCCUGAAGAAUAUUUUCCGGGACUUCCAGGAGAUCGAGGUGGAGGUGUACAUGGCUGCCUGCCACACUCCUGUGGUCGCCCAGCUUGAGGCUGGGCAGUUCUUCGAUGCAUCCAUCACUAAGCAGCACCUCUUUGCCUCUGUCCACGACGCUGUCAUCUUUGCCCUCCAACACCCAAGGUCCAAUCAAGUCAGCCCUGUUUUGGUUACCAAACUCUGACCAUGCUGCCACACUGUCUGAGACUGCCCACCUCUGGAGGUUGUGACGGGGCACCCAUGAGAGCCCACUCCUGCGCCGCCUCCAGAUGACACCCAGGAGUCCCCUCGGUACACACACGCACACACACACAACUCAGGGAUGGAGGUCCUGAGACUCCAAGUGCAGUGCUCCAGGCCUGGGAUGGGGCACCGGCCAGGCCCGGGGAACACGCGUGUUUUCAUCCUCAGGAAUAAAGACUCAUUUGCCAA